AAACGCCCGACCAACCGUAGAGUUGUCAGAUGGUCACAUGGAUGAUGGUCAAAAAAACUGCGCUCGAGCUAAAUUUAACAUUUUAUUAACAUCUUGAAAAAACACAUCUCUCUUUGUUCAUUGGUGGAGAAUGAAUGAAGUGGUUUGCACCAAGUCACAAGAGGACUAUGAGGAUGACUUUGAGAAGGACCUGGACUGGCUUAUCAGUGAAGAGGGCCGGAGUGAGUAUCAGGGGCCAAACUAUGAUGACAUUGAGGCGGAAAUAGACAAAGAACUAGAAGAGGAACAUACCCACACAGUGAAACAUAAGGACAUGAAACAGAGGGAGGAAAGGAGAGAUAACAAAAUACUUGAAUUAGAUGAUGAGGAGAGAUGGCCUUCACCUAUGGACCCUCUUGAAUAUGACUCAGACAGAGACAGCCCCAGUAAGUCCUCAGAUCUAGUACCCCCUCCACCAGAGAUAGAUGAACAGACAGAGGAGGAAAAGAAGUACAUAUUGGAGAAAAUACAACAAGCAAACCGUGAACUUCAGGACCAAGAAGCCCCCGAUAUGACACGGCGCAGACGGCUGCAUUUUAAAGAGACACUGGUUGAUUUAGUUGUACCCCCCAUGCAGUUUGAAAAAGACACAGGGAAAAAUGAAGACUUGAAAGGGAACAAUAUGAGUAAUAAUGACACAAAGGACACACAAGCAGAGAGUGAAGUGUCUGGAAAGUUAUCCGAGCUAAAAUUGUCACCACGAGAGGACCGACUGUCAAAUGCAGAUCUGAGAAUGACUGGAGACAGCAAUGAAGGAGGUAUGGAGGGGAAAGAGGGGAGAGUGCUUAUUGAAAAGGAUGGGAAGUUUGACCUGGUUAGUAUAAAAGAUGUAGAAAGUCAAGGACUUCUUCCUCCCAUCUUAAGUAGUGACAGUACACAUUCUUUGUCAAGUAUCUCUAGUAAGAAACAUUCUGCUUCCUUCUCCCCGCGAUCAUUUGCCAGUCACUCUUCGUCCAAAAAAGAGGAUAAAAUGUGCACUCCCAAGCCUCCUUCUCAGCCCCGGGUUAGGCCCAGCUCAGCAAGUCAUGGUCUCAGAACGAGCCAGGGCCGAGGAACCAAGCGAAGAGUCCAGUCUGCUACAGGGAUGUCCAGCCAGACCACAUUCAUGCUAUCACCACAGCAAAAAGAGAUGCUGCUCAAAAUCCAGGAGAAAAAGGAGAGACUUGCCAGAGAGGUGAGAGUGUCAGAGGCAGAGGAGAAAAAACGUGAGGAAGAAGAGCAGAAGAGACAAGAAAAUGAGCUGGCAUUCAAAGCCUGGCUCAUGAGGAAGAGAGAGCAGAUUGUGGAGGAAAAGCGGGUACAACGGGCACAGGAAAUGGAGAGGAUGAAUUGUAAGAAAGACACAAUUGAUCCAGAGGAGGCCUUCCGACACUGGCUGCAGAGAAAGCAGGAACAGCAGCAGAAAGAGAAGCAGCUGGUGGAGCUGAGGAGACUGGAAGAGGACACUAGUUACCUUCUGCACAGCCGGGAGGACUGUGAGCACGCAUUCAGACGGUGGCUGAGGAGGAAGCGUUUAGAGAGGCAGGCGGAGCAGCAGGCCGCUCGGGAGCGCUCUCGGAGGUUAGUAUUAGAGGAGAGACAAGCUCGCCGCAUGAAAGACCUCAUGUGCACUGUCAGUGACGCCAAGCCAUUUAGAUUCAAUGAACAGUUGUCAUACCACUUCUAAACCAGCGGGCCGUGUCACUUCAGUGAGACGGGUUUAAAUUCAACCUCAGGGACAAAGGACUUGAACAACAUUAACUAACAUCACAGAGGAUUUUGUUUUAUUGGUUUAAAAUUUUUGUUUUGUAAAGGUCUUGCACUCGUCAUUUUCCGGACAUAAAUUAAAUGUAGGGAUGCAUUUCAUCCCUAUUGAAGCUAAUGCACUUUAUUGAAAAUGCUGUAUUUUAUACCUACAAGUUGGGGUAAUAUUUGAAUCCAGCUGCUGUACCUUUUGUACUGUAAGCCUUACAAUCAUGUUAGACAGAGGCUUAUGUGUAUUAGACUCAAGGUUAAUACAGUACUGCAACGUCACAGUAAUUAUUUAAUAGUAUUUUUU